AUGGCCCCUAGUUUACUGACUAAAUCUGCUAACAUUGCAAACAAACAUAUUAAAUCGCAUUUAAUUAGUGAAGGUUUGAGGAUUCCUAGGGGUUUGGGUUUAUUUAAUUCCUCCUUUCCACGCUCGCAUACAGCCUAUACACAUUCGCAUCGCAGUAUUUUGAGUAAAAUUUCACAUGAUUUUAGUAAACUUACACCUUCAAAUAACGUAAUCAAUAAUGAUAAACUUAAAAUAAGUGCCAGUUUAAAUAAAUUCGUUCAUAUUUGUGACACUUAUGGACUUAAUACGGCUCUAAAUUACGGAGUGAUCAGGAAUCUCCACAAUUCAUUCAAUCCAAGCCUGUAUACUGGGCUCAGACACUUCUCCACCAGAAACAUAUCUGGACGCUUGUUCUACCGGAGGAGGCCAAAGAUGGUGCCCCGCUACAAGCCGAAGAAACGAAGGUCGUGUUGGCUCGAGGGAGCGCCUCAGAAGAAGGGGAUCGUCAUAACUGUGCGCGUGACGACCCCGAGGAAGCCGAACUCUGGUCUGAGGAAGGUUGCCAGGGUCAGGUUGACCACGGGAAGGACAGUCACGUGCCACAUACCUGGCCAGGGCCACAACCUGCACACGCACUCGGUGGUGCUGGUGCGCGGCGGCCGGUGCCAGGACGUGAGCGGCUGCCACUACACGCUCGUGCGCGGCAAGUACGAUCUUCUGCCCGUUAAAAACAGGUCCUCCUCCAGGUCCAAGUACGGCAUCAAGAUCAGCGACGAGUUGAAGGCGAAGCUGCCUCUGAAGAAGAAGGACUUCCACAUCACCACUGACCUCGACAGGGAGAUUUUCAACAAGGUUAGGGUCAAAAACUGGGUGACUCUGGACGGGUUCCCUUAUGAGGACACCGUCAAGAGCGACGAGGACGUCCCCUUUGACAUUUUCAGAUUCAACACGCGGUGGCGCAGAAUAAUUAACAGCAACAAAGAGGCCUAG